UAGAUCGGAUGCGAUCGGACGUGCUCGUCCUUGCCGGGCGCGCCUCUUGCCGGAACGUCGAAACGCUGGCACGCACGAGCGGGUCAGUCUCGUCUCGUGCGGUAAUCAUUAAUUAAUUAGAGGUAUCGCGCGUUCUAUAACGGCGCGCCGAGAUUGACAGCGUUGGUGCGACCAGUAUCAAAGCGGUGAUACGGCAUACUUACGUGGCCGAAUGGGUUCGUUAUCUCGAUCGUAUGACAAUCGCUCGUGGUGGUAGUGGUGACUAUAAUAGUAGUGGUGUAAUAAAGUCCCAGUGGCUACGAUAAAGUAAUGAUAACGAGACUUUGACCAGCGUCUUACGAAAUUUAACCGGCUUCGAUCAAAGAUAUCCGUUCGGAUUAUUCUUAUCGCGGCUCUCCCUCUUUCCCCCCCCCCCCCUUAUUAUGGCAAGAAUUAUCGAAGUGUCAUUUCGAUAGCGUGCUACAUUAGGAGCGGAAACGACGCAGCCUGCGUGAUACGAGCACGCGCGCUCUCUUGUCGCACUUCUCCCGUCCGUCCAGUGGCGCGUUUCAGAUCGUGCGAUACAUGUCGAAGCGGCAGCUCCGAGCUACAAAGGGAUGAAUAUCUUGAGAAAUAUUUCGGCGACCUUUUGGUCGCCGGAUGUGUGGUUGCCUUCUAAUAUAACAUGGGAGGAUAUCAGUCCGAAUGCAGACAAUAAGUAUGCUAAUUAUCAGCACUUAAUAUUUCCUCUGCCCAUGGCAUUUGUUCUACUAGGGAUAAGAUAUACUCUUGAAAGGUAUUGGUUUGCUCCCUUUGGAAAGUCAAUUGGUAUAAAAAAUACCAGAAGCAAACGAGCAGUACCCAAUGAAAUAUUAGAAAAAGCAUAUCUUAAUAAGCAAACUAAGUAUAAGCAAAUUUCAGGCUUGGCUAAACAAUUAGAUUGGUCUGAAAGGCAGGUGGAGAGAUGGCUACGAUUACGUCGUUCUCAAGAUAAGCCAUCGACUCUUACAAAGUUUUGUGAAAACAGUUGGAGAUGUUUCUAUUAUAUAUAUUCAUUCUCUUACGGCCUUGUUAUUCUAUGGGACAAACAAUGGCUUUGGGAUAUAAAGCAUUGUUAUUAUAAUUAUCCUUACCAUCCUGUUACCAGUGAUAUAUGGUGGUAUUAUAUGAUAUCAAUGGCAUUUUAUUGGGCAUUAAGCUUCUCCCAAUUCUUCGAUGUGAAGAGAAAAGAUUUUUGGCAGAUGUUCAUUCAUCACAUAGCAACAAUUUUGCUCAUGUGUUUCUCAUGGGUCGGAAACCUAACAAGGAUUGGUUCUUUGGUCUUGUUAGUGCAUGAUUGUGGAGAUAUACUCUUGGAGGCGGCAAAAAUGGCCAAGUAUGCAAAUUAUCAAAAGGUAUGUGAUUGUAUAUUCGUCAUGUUUACAAUUCUGUGGAUUGUGACACGUACGGGUGUGUAUCCAUUUUGGAUAAUAUAUAGCACAUCUAUAGAGGCGCCUAAGAUAGUUCCGAUGUUCCCUGCAUAUUAUAUCUUUAACUCUUUAUUAAUUUUACUACUGCUUCUCCACUUGAUUUGGACUUAUUUAAUCCUUAAAAUCGCGUAUAACUCUUUCAAUGCUGGUCAGAUGGAGGGUGAUAUUCGCAGUAAUAGCAGUGACGAAGUAUCUGACACUUCGGUCAAUAAUACUCCCAUAAACAACACAGCAAAUUAUAUUAACAAAACGAAUUCAAGAUCAAAAACCCACUAACAAACAGCAUGCUAGACGAGUUAUUUUAUGAACCAUUUCCAAGGCAGAGAACUCAUCCGGACAUUUUAGCCAGGUGCUAAUUCUCUCACAAGUAUACUAAAAUUCUUCAAUACAAUUUUAAUCUCAUAGUUCAAGACGUUAACAUUAACAUAGUAUUUAAUCUCCUAUAAAAUUAAAAUGCAUAUAUUUUUUCUUUUCAUUCCCUUUUUUGGUAAUAUUUUUCUUAAAGCUUCAAUGCUUUAUUAUAAAUUUACUUAUAAUUCUGUCAAUUUUCGUACAUUUGCGUUAAGGAAAAUAUUAUAUAUAAAAGACAACGAAAAAAGGAAAAUAACAAGGAAUGCAAUCCCCAUUAUUCAUAUCGCAGAUGUAUAUGUCUACUUUAUUUAAGAAUUAAUUAAGAGUGUAUAUCUAUAUAUACACAUUCUUUAAACGAAUUUUUAAAGCUUAGUUAAGAUAAGAAUGGACCAAAGCUGCAAGAUGUUCAGUGUCUGAACUUCACUUAUUGUCUCCAAGUUUCUAAUACCAUGUUACUACUUUAAAAAACGUAUUUAUUUAUUUUCAUAUACUUUGUGAACAACAGUCAAAAUAAUCAAUAAGUAAGAAUAUAUUAUUCAAUAAUAAAUUUCUACUAAUUAUAAUUACACAUACAUAUUCUCCACACAUUUUCAUUAACAUAUGCAUACACACUCUAUUUCAAAAGGACCUCUCUUUCUAUGAUUAUAUAAAGGUCAACCAAAUACGUUUGUGUACUAGUACAUAAUCCACAAAAAAAUGCGAUAAUUUAAUUUAAGUAUAUGUUAUUAUGUAUUUCGCGAUAUUUAUAUAUCGCUUUAGGCUGCUGUAACUUUUGCAUUUAUCAACAUAUAAAUAUUACGUAAAUUGUACAUUGUACUUACAAUGUGAGUCUUUAUACAAGUCAUUGGUAUUAUUAUUCUUACAUAAUACAAUUGCAAUGUCGUCCUCGUGUAUCUCUAAUAAAAUUUCCUUGCCGAUUUUCUCUCUUCAA